UGAUCCUCUAAUUAUGCACACAACCUUUUCCAAAGCCAACAACAAAAGAACAUAAACUUUUUUCAUCAAAGACGAAGCUUCACCAAAAAUGGAGCUGGAUCUUGAUCUCACUCUUUCACCUCAUACUAAUUCUUCAAAUUUUGGGUUUGGCUUCGACCUCAACAAGCAUUUGGAUACCAAAGAAAAACGUUUUGAGACGAUGCUUGGGUUGGAGAAUACGGAAGAAGAUUUUUAUGUGCCAAAACCAUGUUCGUUUUCUUUGAAUGGCCAGCCAGACGAGAAAGAUGAAGAUCCUUUGGAAUCAGACUCUUCUAUUGCUUACGAUGAGGAGGAAAAUUGCAAAGUCGUGGGAUGGCCACCAAUAAAGUCCUCUAUGAAAAAGUAUCUUAAUUAUCGUCAUCAUAGUCGUAAUCACCCAUAUCACCAUCAUGGUAGGAGGAUCAACAUAUCUAAUCCAGCGGCUACCAUUGAAAGAGUUAGACCAUCAAAAUCAUCAAUGUAUGUUAAGGUGAAGAUGGAUGGUGUGGCAAUAACAAGAAAGGUGGACAUUAAGCUUUUCGACUCUUACGAGUCUCUAACGAACUCCUUGAUUACCAUGUUUAGUCAAUACCAAGAUUGUGAUAGAGAAGAUACAAACUUCAAAUUCACCUUCCAAGGGAAAGAGGGUGACUGGCUAUUACAAGGGGAUGCUCCAUGGAAGAUCUUUGCUGAAUCGGUUCAUCGAAUAUCAAUAACUAGAGAUUGUCCGUGUCCAUAUACAAGACUUUUGUUUUAAAUAUAAAAAAUUCAAAUCGAAUACUAUUUCAGUAUUUUGUAACCAAAAUGUCUAUCUGAUCAAAAUUUCUGCUCGAAUUCUCGUUCUGUAUUCUCCUAUAGUAUCCAGUUCAUUGGUUUAGGUA